AUGGUCGAGGAAGAAUUGGGUCCCUCAGCUGGCGAUCGAAUCACGAAAAUUGGACAAGUCGAUGAACGGGGGUCCGUUCGAUAUGUGGGGUUGGUCGAUGGACAAAAAGGAACAUGGAUCGGAGUCGAAUGGGACAAUCCGAGUCGAGGCCGACACAACGGAACAAUCGAAGGAAAAACCUAUUUCCAAACGGAGCAUCCAACUGGUGGCUCCUUCAUUAAGACAAAUGUGAUCGAUUGUGGACGGGAUUUACUUGAUCAGAUAAGAGAACGCUAUGAAAUCAAUGACGACGAAGAAAACGAGAAAAUGGGUGGUGUGACGAUAGAAAAGAUUGGGAUGAAUAAAGUUCAUGAUAAGCAAAAAAACAUUUUCUACCUCGGUGUUAUUUGUUUGGCUGGAAUGCGCGUCUCCAGUCCACCACCCAAACUUACGCCACAUUUUAUCAAUUGCACUGAGUUAAAUCUGCACGGGAAUCUGUUACAUAGAUGGAAAGAUAUCUUCGAGAUUAUCAACUUUUUUUCCGAAACGGAAAGGGCUGGUUUUAAGAAUAACGUUAUGGAAAAUUUGGCCGAUGUUUCGUCGCUUUCACUUUUUCCGAUUGUUACGGCUCCCGUGUUUCAGCUUGUGCUCAACUAUUGUAAAGUUACGGAGACAACGAUCUCAGCCGUUUUGUCAAGAUUUCCGAAUGUGACCGAUUUGUACGCGAGUGGAAAUCGUCUAACAACAUUUAAUCCGGGACAAAGUGGAAAAAAGCUGCGACUUGUUGAUCUGGAACUGAACCCGAUCAAAAGCCUCGAGGUCAUCGAUCCAGAGAAUUUCAUGGAGAAUUUGGAAAAC